AGUUCUUCCGUUCAAUGCGCCUGAACUAGUGCGGGACUCCUCAACGUCAACCGCAGAAACCGAAGCAGAGCGGGCUUCCUUGGGCUCUUCGCAUCUGGGCUCGCAGGACUCGAAUCUCGACAGCCCAAAAAUCGGCGCGAACAGGACGAUGCCAACGAACACUAAGACAGAUGCUUCGGCACAUAGUACUAUCAAGAAGGGAAAGAAAAAAACUUCCAAGAAACUUACGAAAAACCAGCGGAAAAAGGAAGCUGCCGCCGCGACGCUGUUCGUGUGCGGGAUCCAAAUCGGCCAGGGCACGGUGGAAGAUAGCACCUUUAUCGACGGAAAAUACGUAGACACGGAUGAGGAAGGCUAUCAAAAUGAUCCUGCAAAAGAGCCGAAAUCCUCGAUCAGUUUCACCACCUCUCGCGCC